AUGGUGAAGGCCGGAUCAGCGAUUCAAACAUUUUUCCCAAAAAUGCUUCAUGUAACUUGUCUCGCUCAUGCUUUACAUCGUGUAGCUGAGCAAAUCCGCAGUGAUUUUCCGUUGGUUGACAAACUUAUUUCUUCUGUCAAAAAAGUCUUUCUUAAAUGUCCAGCAAGAAUAAACAUAUUUAAAGACGAAGCACCAGAACUAAGUUCGCCCCCAGAACCAGUGAUUACACGUUGGGGGACGUGGUUGAAUGCGGCUAUUUAUUACUGCGACUCAUAUAAAACAAUUAAAAAAAAUAUAGAAAAAUUUGAUGCCGAUGAUGCUUGUCUAUAA